GAAAGCCUGACAUUUGUUGGCGACUUUCAUCAAUGCAUUUUGUAUUCAAUACUCAAUCACGAAAGCAAAAGAAACGAUUUCACAUCGGCAUUUAUUCGCUGAUUGAGCUAAAACUUAUCCAGUUGUGCAACAUCGAUCACCAUAUAUCCUAAACCCGUAUAGUUCAAGUUGAACGUGUUCUGUGAGCAAUAUAUUGUUUUCUUCAGGCCGAAGGUUUAUCGCUGGCUGAAUCAAAUUAUCAGAUGAGCGACAUAACUGAUAACGAAAGCCGAAAUUCACAUAAUCGCUGAAAUACCGAUUUCGUGUAGAGUUCGCACAUUUGCAUCUUUCAAAAUUAAUCUCUCAGUAGAAAUAAACAUGAGUGAAGCGGAAAACACUUCCUCGUCGGCAGUGAUCCCACAACCCGUCGUACCGCCAGCUAUACCACCUCGGGAGCAUUUGAUUAACACCGCAGUCAAAUUCCUCCACAAUCCUAACGUGCUGCGUAGUGCCAUCAACCAGAAACAAUCAUUCCUGCGGUCCAAAGGACUGACGGAAAAUGAAAUUCAGAUUGCAUGCGAGAGGGCAGGAGUUUUCAGCAGGGAUCCAACGACAGCAUUUCCGAGUGAAACUGUCAUUAACAUGGAUGUGAGCGGACCAACUGGGCAUUCAAAAGGACACUAUGUGAUACAGCCACGGCAAACAAUGUUUGGAAAAAUUAGAGAAGUUCUGAGCUCCGUUGCUCUCAUCAGUGGGCUAAUGUAUGGCGUUUAUUUAUUGUACAAGAAAUUCAUAGAGCCGCUUAUCUUCAAAGACAAAAAGAAAAAGCCAGUAGAUGAACAAAUAUCGGAACUCAACAAAACUGUUGAGGUAAAAAUAGACGGCUUGAGUUCGGAACUAGUGAAAAUAAAAGAGGAACUAAAUCGCGUGAAUCAGGCCCAAACUUCCAAGGAUCUGACCAAUUUCAAAUCGGAUCUGGAUUCCAUCAAAGGGUUGCUGCUAAAUAGGAAACAAUUUGCCUCGCCGAAUCUUCCUGUUGUACCACCCUCUAUCCCAGCUUGGCAGCUGCAGUCACAAUCGCAGGAACAGACUCCCAACAGUGAAGGCGAACCGGACAAGAACGAUGACAACGAUACCGGAUCAGGAUCGGGCUCGAGUGAUCAUGAUGUGGUGUUGAAGAACAGUGACAGCAGUCUGGAGAUUAUAUCAUAAAAUGUGAGAGGGAUACACAUGCAGAGUGAUGGACACAGUGAAAAUGGAUGAGGGUAGCAUUUGAAACGAAUCUGUAUGUGGGGUUAAUUUGGCACCUUUCCUAUGUAGUUUUAGUUAGACCAAAAAUAAUUUUUAUUGUUUUGGUAUGAAUAGCGUACCAUGUUUAGGUAUACCAUAGAAAGUUUUAUGUUGCUGUUCAUAUCAGAACUUUUUUUAUGGAUGCCAUACAUGAGAGAUGAUGUUUCCACGAAAUAUGUACCGGACGGAGAAUGACGGAAAUAAAUGUCGCAAUCGACUGACUUCAAAACAUU